CGAUCUUAAUUGUUUUUUCUUUUCGCUCUUCUUUUUUCCGCUGCUUUCUCAGGUUACCAAGUUGGUACGAAUCGGCUCGCGGCUUUAGGUUAAUAUCUUCAUUUGGAACUUUGAAUAAAAGAUGUCUACUGGACCAGGUAGAAGGGUUUCGCGGCAAGAUAUACAACUGGUGCAAAAUCUUAUAGAACGAUGUCUUCAACUCUACAUGACGCAAAAGGAAGUUAUGGACACUCUGCUGGCUCAGGCCAAAAUUGAGCCUGGUUUUACUGAACUUGUUUGGCAAAAGCUUGAAGAAGAGAAUAGAGAAUUCUUCCAAGCUUAUUAUCUGAGACUGAUGGUUAAGCAACAAAUAAUGGAAUUCAACAAGCUGCUUGACCAACAGGUGCGAUUGAUGGAUCAGAUUCAUUCAACUGGAGUAUCCUCAAUCUCUAAUUCAAAUGGACCUCAAAUGCCACCGAUGCCCCAGAACUCAUCCUGUUAUACCCUAGAGAACACUGGGCCAGCUCUGAAGCAGGAGGGCAUGCACCAUCCCAUGGGAUCUAGUUUGCCUAAUGUAUUCACUAAUGGUAGUUCGUCGUUGCAUGCUGGGAUUCACACUCCUAUUGAUCUGCCUACCCAUGCCAGCAGGAUCGAUGCCCCGCUAGGCAUGCUUUCAACUCAGAAUUCAAACAUGGGUCUGAUGCAAGGAAUAAAUGGGAAAAUGAUAAAACCAGAAGCUGGUUAUUCGGCCAGUUCUGCUUACAUGUUUGGUGCCGAGAGCAAUGUUUUGGAGGCACGCCCAACAAUCAGGGAUACUUCUUUCAGUACUGUAGAAUCAAGCACUCAACCUCUGAAUGAACCAGUUCUGGAUGCCGACAUUUCUUCAUUUGGGUUUUUAGGCCAGAUCCCUCGCAAUUUCAGUCUUUCAGAUCUCACAGCUGAUUUUUCUCAGAGCUCAGAUAUACUGGAGAGCUACCCCCACUCACCUUUUUUAGCAACUGAUAAUGAAACUCUCCUGGAUUCUUGUGAAAGAGAGCAUCAAGGAGACAACAGAAGGUUGGACACCAUAUCAGAGGGAUUGAGUUAUGAAGGAUUUAGAAAUGAAUAGCCCUACAGCAUUAAUGGUACAACUGGCUCCCCUAUGUAAUAAAAGGAAUUUUGUAUAUAUAGCAUUUUAGAAGUCAACAACUCGACUGCUUUGAUUGAUGGAUAGAAAGAAGUUAACUGACAUGAUCGGUAUUAGCAUGGUUCGGAGAGGGGAAACAGGUUCGAAAAUGAAUUCGAAUGAAACAUACAGUUUUUCUUUCGGUGCCAACAGGAGUCCGUGGAAGCGACCGCUUUGCCUUGGAAUCUGUUGGCACUCUAGUUGUGUGUCAUUUGCCUUUGUGAUGGUUUUAUCAAACAGGUAAUCUGGGAAUUUAAUUUUUGUUUACCAUAUAACUUAUAUAUAUAUGUUUGUGUUCUUGGGAAUCUUCCAAAAUGGUUUGUGUGGUGUUUACUGCAAGUUUGUGAACCAAUAUGCAGAAAUAGGAAUACAAGACGCUUUUAU